UCUGGGGCCUGAAGAGUUUUUGUUGUUGUUGUUGCAGGAAUCUGGUGCCAUGUGCUGCUGUCCCUGAGCCAGCAGGAUGGCAUUGAGCAGCACAUGGACUUUGACAGCCGCUGCACCUUGCUGGAGCUGUUUGCUGAGAUCACGUCCUCUGCAGAGCACUGCAUGUCCUUCGAGGGGAUUCACCUCCCGCAGAUCCCUGGGAAGCAGCUGUUUGUGCUGGUGAAGCGCUACCUGUGCGUGACUUCUCUGCUGGACAAGCUGAGCAGUGGCGUGGAGCAGGGAGAGGAGCAGCAGGGCUGCGCUGUGCCCAGCCCCGUCCCUGAGGAGAGGAGCCGUGUGAAGCAGGAGUUUGAGUUCAGCAUGGCCAUGGCAAACCUCAUCUCGGAGCUGGUGCACGUGAUGGGCUGGAGCCACAGGCACAAGGCAGAGCCGCUGCGCCAGCGGGCCCCGCGGCCUCGCCCUGCCCGCUCCAUCUUCCAGCACAAGACCCCGGCCAGCGCUGCUGUCCAAAAGCCUGUGUUGCCUUCAAAUCCUGAUCCUCAGAAAAAGCAGGGCUGUACCUUCCUGACUGCAUCAGACUUCGCAGACAGCGGUGACUACACGGAGUACUUGCGGGCAAACCUGGUGCACGGCAUGAGGGUGCGCCUGCUGGAGGACUCUGGUGACAUUAGAGCUGGGGAGGAAGGCGAGUUUCUCCAGAGCACGAAUAACAUGCACACAGUACAG